AUGGCACCUUGGACUAGUUUAGUUUUCUUUGUACAUCUCUUGUCGACUAUCACAAUUUCUGGUGCUACUGAAGUUUUCGAUGUUGUCAUUAUUGGAGCUGGUCCAGCUGGUAUUGCUGCAGCCAUUGAUCUUAAGAAAGCUUCAACUUCAAUAUCAAUGACGAUGCUGGAAGCACGAAAUCGUGUCGGAGGACGAGUCUAUACAGAUACACAUACAUUUAACAAUGGUGUGUCUGCUGAUAUCGGCGCCGAAUGGAUUCAUGCUUAUGCUCCAAAAAAUUCAUUAUACAGUCUACAUCGACAACUCCAAACAAAUGAAGAUAAGCAAGGUGAUCACUACUUUGAUUUAUUCGAACCAGAAGUGACUGGAUGCUACGAUACGACUGGUUCAAUUGUAUCACGUGAAAUCUGUGUGAGAGCACAAUAUAUCAUGGAUAAGUUAUUUUCACCAAAAUACAAUAUAACUUUGAGAGUUCGAGACGUAUCAGCUUGGGAUAUGAUACGGCCCGAAUAUGAGAAAAUAUCAGAAGGACAAAUCAAACGACUAGUUGAUGCAAUGUUAAUUGGUAAAGAAGAGUAUGAAGCUGCUGAUCUUGAUCAACUUUCUGCCGGACAAACUUUCUUUGGUGAUUCGCCUGGUGACGACGAAGAAGAAGAAGGUGAAGAUAUGGCAUUACAACGAGGAUUCGGAUCCUUGAUUCAGCGAAUUGUCGAUAGAUUUGUAUUACCUGUUCAAUUAAAUACUGAAGUAACUCGUAUCAUCACGAGUAAUUCGAAUCAUGUUCAAGUCUCAACGAAAAAUGGUAAAACUAUUCAAUCGAAGUACGUCUUGAUUACCAUUCCAUUAGGUUGCUUGAAACAGAAAAUAAUCACAUUUGAGCCAGCUCUACCUCAAUGGAAACAGAAUGUAAUUGAUAGUAUGGGUUUUGGUGAUACGGACAAGAUCAUUCUACAAUUCAACAAAACAUUCUGGAAUCAGGAUUUUACUUCAUUUUAUAUAGCUGGCGCAUCAUUUCCAUUUGCUAUUUGCGCUCCCAAGAAGCGUAUCCUUGUAUUUAUGAUUGGUGGAACACGAGCUCGUCGUAUGGAAGCAUCAAGAGAUGAAGAUACAAUCGCUACGAUUCUCAAUGAUUUAAGAAGAGCAUUUCCUAAUCAUGCCUUUAAACUGGAACGAUAUCGAAUAUCACGAUGGACACAAGAUCCGUAUGCACGCGGUUCCUAUUCUUAUUAUGCAUUCAAUACAUCGUUGGAAACUUUCGAGAAUUUGGCAAGAGAAUGUUGUCAUAAUCAAUUGUUUUGGGCUGGCGAACAUACUAGUUCGGGAGGUUCAGUACACACAGCAUUUGCCACGGGUCAACGUGAAGCGAAGAAGAUUUUCCAACGAUUGAAAACAAAAUGA